AUGAGGGGCGAUUGGCGAAUCGUCUAUUAUUUUGGACAUGUCAAAUGCGAGCAUGCGGUUAUUAAUCUUGUUCGGCAUAUCCACAUCUUGUUGGGCGUCAAUGGAAUAUUUGUCGAGCUGCCGUUGCUGGCCAGCGUUAUUCCAGAGGGUACAUAUUGCAUCGACAAGACGCAGAAAGUUGAUCACACAUUAACCAAGAAACAAAACAAGACGACAAAUAGUUCCGCGUUUGAUACGACGAACGAUUUGUCCGUAUUUGAGAAAAUUUUUUUUUUGUACGUUUUGAUUGUCAUGUGCUUCUUCAGCAACGGAUUUCUGCCGAAUAUUCAAUCGUAUUCGUGUCUACCGUAUGGACAUCUUGCCUAUCGAUUGUCUAUCGUUUGCGUUCAAUUUGUGACUCCAUUUGCAUUGAUAGUUGAGAUCAUGAUGUCAAAUAUAAAGAUUAUUAUUUGCUGGUUAUCUUUAGUAGAUUUAAUCAUCGGUUCUUAUGUUACAUGUCUGAUUUUAUUGUCUGAUUUUAUAUCUCCUACACCGCCGUUACAAAAAUCGAUGGUUGGUGUGGGAUUGAUCAUAUUGACCUGGAGGGGUGUUAUAUCGUACUUAAAAUUAGUAAUAAUUCUUUUGAAGCACAUAUCGUCUUCGAAAACGCUUUUCAACAUAGGCGUAGUUAUGCAAGCAGGUUCGGCGAGCGGAGCAAUUAUUUCAUUGGUUUUACUUAACUUCACCGAUCGUUUCAAAGCGAUCAACUCCUGUCAGCUUCUGUCUGAAUAAUUGCUAAAGCUACAAAUUCCAUACGACAAUGCGAGUUAUUUUGUUGUUAUGUGAAUCAAAAUGUAAUCAUAAAAAUAAACGGACAAUAAUGUUUGAAAGAAUAAGGUGAAGAUAGCAAUAAAUAAUGAGAGUAUCUUACUCUUCUACUUUCAGGUAAGCUGAAAACAGCUUGUUUGAGCUACCUGAAAGAAAAGGUCAUACAAAUAGUAUAGUAUAUAGUGUAAUAAAAUAGAUGGAUAUAUUGCAUAUAUUAAUGCAUAUAUUAAUUUCAAAAAAGUAUUCCAGAAAUUAAAUUAGAUAAAAAAACUGUGGUACUACAUACAUAUGAAGAUUUCCAAACAUCUGCGCAUUUAUGAUUUCUAGAUAUGUGCGUAUAUGUGUUUAAUAUAUGUUUAGCAAAAUAUAGAUUUUAGAUAGCAAAAA